UAUGCAACAAGGCCUGUAAUGCUCAACAAGGCCUGUUGCGCCCCUUAUAUUCCCGCUGCGGUAUCGACGUACACCGUCAUCGUCGAAGCCAUUGUCGGUACCCCCGUCGUAUUCCUUCACGACGACCAUAGGUACCCAACCGGCUUGUGGGCCGUAGAACGUGCCCCAAUUGCAUGCACCGCCCUCAGAGGGCCCUCGGCCAGCACUGUCAACGGUGCUUCAACGCUGCCCAUGGCAUUCCGAACCCUCCCGAGGAGAAUGGAGCGAUCCAUGAGGGCAUGGCGGAGAUUGCGCAAGAAGGAUGUCAGUGGGUCCCGAUUUGGUUUGUAA